UCUUUUCGGCUUUUAUCCCCGCCCACGCGAUCGCUCGACCGUGCGGCCGCUCCUCGUCUUGCCUGCUUUCCCCAUUCCGUAUUCUCACUCCCAAUCGUCGCCGGAGGCCAUGAGGAAGGGCGGAGCUGCCCAGAGGGGUGAGGCCGGAGGAGGCGAAGAGGCGGCGGCCGCGCUGGCGGCGGUGGAGGAGGAGGAGGAGGAGGAACAAGAAUCCUCCUCUUCGGACUCCGGGAAGCUCUACGAGGCGUACAACGAGCUCCACGGGCUGGCACAGGAGUUCGAGACGCCCUUCGAGGUACCGGCGGUGCUGGUGGUGGGGCACCAGACCGACGGGAAGAGCGCGCUCGUGGAGGCCCUCAUGGGUUUCCAGUUCAACCACGUCGGCGGCGGCACCAAGACCCGCCGGCCGAUCACCCUUCAUAUGAAGUACAACCCCGGUUACCGCGUCCCUGUCUGCCGCCUCGUUUCCGACGCUGACCCCGCCGUCGCCAGUCGCAUGUCCCUUCCCGAGAUCCAGGCUUAUAUUGAAGCUGAAAACAUGAGGCUGGAGAGUGAUCCUUGUCAGUUUUCAGAAAAAGAAAUCAUUAUUAGGAUAGAGUAUAAGUACUGCCCAAAUCUUACCAUCAUUGAUACACCGGGUCUUAUUAUUCCAGCUCCAGGUCGAAGGAACCGAACUUUACAGGGACAAGCUCGUGCAGUGGAGGCACUUGUACGAGCUAAAAUGCAGCAUAAAGAGUUAAUCAUUUUAUGCCUUGAAGAUUGCAGUGAUUGGAGUAAUGCCACAACACGCAGAAUAGUGAUGCAAAUUGAUCCUGAGCUUUCAAGGACUGUCAUUGUAUCCACAAAGCUCGACACAAAAAUUCUGCAGUUUGCACGGGCUUCAGAUGUUGAAGUUUUUCUUAAACCACCUGCUUGUACAUUGGAUGGCUGUUUGUUAGGUGGUUCACCCUUCUUCACUUCUGUGCCAUCAGGGAGAGUUGGUUCUGGGAGUGAAGCUAUUUAUCGAUCCAAUGAGGAGUUUAAGAAAGCCAUCUGUUUGAGAGAAAUGGAAGAUAUUGUGGCUUUAGAGGGAAAGCUAGGUAGGUCAUUGUCAAAGGAGGAAAGAAGUAGAAUAGGUGUGAGCAGCCUUAGAUUAUUUUUGGAAGAAUUGUUGCAGAAAAGGUAUAUGGACAAUGUUCCACUAAUCAUUCCACUUUUGGAGAAGGAACUUCGGAGCACUACGAGGAAAAUACGUGAAACUAACCAAGAAUUCAGAAAUUUGGAUGAAGCAAAAUUGAAGGAAAAGGGACGUGCAUUCCAUGACUCUUUUUUGACCAAGUUAUCUUUGUUAUUGAAAGGCACAGUUGUGGCACCUCCUGAUAAAUUUGGAGAAACAUUGCUGGAUGAGAGGACUAUGGGUGGACCUUUUACAGGAACUGACAGUCUUCAGCUUCCACACAAGAUGAUGCCUAAUGCUGGAAUGCGUCUUUAUGGCGGUGCGCAAUACCAUCGUGCAAUGGCAGAAUUUCGUCUUGUUGUUGGAGGUGUCAAGUGUCCUCCAAUUACUAGGGAGGAGAUAGUAAAUGCAUGUGGAGUUGAAGACAUUCAUGAUGGAACAAACUACUCUAGGACUGCCUGCGUAAUUGCUGUUGCCAAAGCUCGUGAUACCUUUGAGCCUUUCCUUCAUCAGUUGGGCUUUAGGCUUCUAUACAUUUUGAAGAGGCUACUGCCUAUUUCCGUGUAUCUGUUGCAGAAAGAUGGAGAGUAUCUUAGUGGCCAUGAAGUAUUUCUGAGACGUGUUGAGACAGCCUUUAAUAAUUUUGCUGAAUCGACUGAACGAUCAUGUCGUGAAAAAUGUAUGGAAGACUUAGUGAGCACUACACGAUAUGUCACUUGGUCUCUUCAUAACAAGAAUCGGGCUGGAUUAUGCCAAUUUUUGGACUCAUUUGCUAGCUCAGAGCAGUAUAGCGCUAGCACCAUCUCUUCAGGUGUUCAACAGGAACAAUACUUGGCUCUGAAUGACAACAAAUCUGAUAGAUCGAAGCCAGAUUCAAAACCUAACCAUUCUAACCCAUGUUCUGACUCGAUUCCAUGCAAUCCCACAGCAGAAACAAGGCUGGUUGAUCUUUUGGAUAGCACACUGUGGAACCGAAGACUGGCUCCUUCAUCUGAAAGAAUUGUUUAUGCCUUGGUAUAUCAAAUUUUUCAUGGGAUCAAGGAGCAUUUUCUGGUAUCUACAGAAUUAAAGUUCAAUUGCUUCUUCCUGAUGCCGGUUGUCGACAAGUUGCCAGCCCUUCUGUGGGAAGACCUGGAAUCUGCAUUUGGAGAUGACUUGGACCAAAUUUUUGACAUAACUCAGCUACGCCACUCUCUCGGACAGCGCAAGCGGGAAUUAGAGAUCGAAUUGAAACGGUUACAGCGGCUGAAGGAGAAGUUUAGAGAGAUAAAUGAGCAGUUGAGUUCUUAUCUCGUCCGACCAUAGAGAUUUCUAGCCUCAGUAGAGCCACAAUGCAGAUGCAGAUGUCAGCGUUCUUUAUCGAUCCAAUUGGACCUGUUAUUGUAGAUAGAUGUAAUGCCUUUGUUCAGUAAGAACAAUGAAUUAUGUCAUCUAUUUCUACGAUUUCAAUCGGUCGAGAUCUAUUUCCAUAAUGCCUGAUACAAUAUUAUUAUA